AUGUUGAUUCUAAACAUGUUGCGAGAGAUUCUUGAAUGGGUUGUUCGUGAUCAGACGAAAACCACACUUUACUCCAACCGUGAAUCCCGAAUUCAAGAUCAAAAGCUGGAUUAUAAUUAUGCUAGUAAUCCAAUGAACGGUUACGUGAAAAAUGGAUUUUCAAUCAUUUCAUUUCUUAUUUGCAUAUUAAUUGUCAAUACUUUGCUCUAA